AGUGGAUUCUGCAUGUACAUAGGUCAUACGUAUAUACCGGAAGAAUUGCUACAGUCUUUCGAAAUCGUCGUUCUAGUAACUCAUAAAAUCAAUUUUAAAAAAUAGUUCAAGGCACACUAUUUUAAAUGCGUACGACAUAAAAUAAUGAGAAAAGACGAAUGAUCGAAACGAGGGCGUUGGUAAAUCGUAAAAAAACGCCACAAUUUACAUUUAUGACGUCACGGUAGCAUACAUUGCAAUAAUUAAAAGUAAUUAGGAAGUCGGAACUAGAAGAACGAAUUUACACACGCAUUACUGUUGCGAGUGUUUUUAGGGGAAAAAGAUGAACAGGGAGUACCUGAAAUCUCGGUGCUUCGAGGACGAAGAUGAGAACUGGUGGCAGAGAAGAUCGGGUAUGGAACGGUGUUUAUUUAUCGGCCUGCUGUUCGCAAUAUUAUUGUCGCUGGCGUGCGUUAUUUAUAUUUCGUUACAGAUUCUGCUAAAUGUAGAGGUGUGCUCAAACACCUCUUGUUUAGCGGAAUCCUAUAGAAUAGCCACUCGCUUAAACAAUACCGUAGACCCCUGCGAGGAUUUUUAUCAAUACGUCUGCGGAGUAAGCCCCGAGAGAGACAACACAAUUUCAACACUUAAGCAGAAAGUCAACGAAAUGCUCGUCGAAAGCGCAGGCGAAGACGACUCCAAUGCGACGAAUGAUGAAAGAAAAUUGUUUGACAAUUGCCUCAACCAAACCGACUCGGAAAACUUUAUUGUUACAUUUCAAGAGGUGUUGGAAGACAUUGGGGGUUGGCCCGUACUCGUUGGGUACCAUUGGCGUGCCCGUCUCUUCGAAUGGACCGAUGCAGUUUACUCGCUAAAAAGCAGAGGUUACCCCUUCUCCAUGUUUCUGGACGUUCAACUUCAAAGUGAGGGUAGAAUAAAGCUUUCAAUCGUUAGCUUCGCAUUUCCGCACAAAGGAUUAUAUCUUCAAUUCAUGAUCGAUACGGCUGUUGUUUUUGGGGCAGACAGGUACCAAGCCAAGCUGCAAAUGGAAAACGUCCUCAGCUUCAUGGAAGAGUUACAAGGGGUUGCCGAGAAGAAUGUAACGCUCAAAAGGCCCGAUGAGCUCUUCGGAACGCAUGUAACAGUGGAGGAAAUGCAAAAAAUUUACGAUGAAAUCCAAUGGCUCGACUUUUUAAAUAACAUUCUUUAUCCGUAUACGGUAACUGACAGUGACGUAAUUGUGAUACCGAGCCAUGAGCAUUUUGGCGCAUUCAUUGAUCUAAUUACAUCGAUUCCUAAAAGAGUUCAAGCUAAUUACAUGGUAUGGAGAGUUAUUGAGGAGAUGAUCCCGUUUAUGUCUAAACAAUUACAGUAUUUAAAGGGUAAUUACACGUGCCAAAUCGAAAGUGGAACUCACCAAGACCACCACGAAUUUUGUUGCGAAUCGUUGGAUGCGAUUUAUGUUCUCAGACCAUUGCAACUGCAAUAUAUUCAAAACCGUUUGUCUGCGAAGAGAAAACUUAUGAUCGAGGAAUUAUACUUGGCAGUGAAAGAAGAGAUAAUUAGUCAGUUGGAGAAUAGUCGGUGGAUCGAUGACGAGAGUAGGCAAGCGUCUGUUGACUUUUUCGAAAUGACGGAAGUGGUAAUUGGAGCUCCAGAUGGCUAUUUUAAUGGAAGUAUUUUUGAAGAACUUUACACGUGGGAAUUGGAAGGCGAAAGUAUCUUCGAAAUGAUUCUGAGCGCCAGAAAAAACUACUUCGAGACCUUAAUGGUCAUGCAGAACAGCUCUGUUAUGCUUAAUUUAAUAAAAGGGACUGAAAUCGGUUACAGCACUAAUACAAUUGUAUUACCAUUAGCGGUGUUAGAUGAAUACUUUGACGAAGAAAGACCAAUGUAUCUCAAUUACGCCGAGCUUGGAGUCGCCAUUGCAGAAGUUUUAUUAAAAUCGUUGACGGAUAAUGUCGAACAAUUGUGGAGUAACUCAACCGUAGAGGAAUUCGAAGAGAGAACGAAGUGCAAUUCCGUGGCGCUAUUGUUGGGAUAUCGAAGUUACCAAAAAUGGGCAGAAAGUCGCCGAAAAGAAGCCAGAUUAGUUGCGAUAGAGCAAACCCCCAACCAGCUUUUCUGGAUUUCUGCGAUGUCGUCCUCCUGUCAUAGCUAUGUUCAGUUCCGACCUAAUCAAUAUCUACUUAAGGAUUUUAUGUGUGCAUCUGAUACACACUUUGAUGAUUGCGAUGUACUUUAAUUACUGUAAUUAAACACGCU